AAUUUUAGUUGUAUGGAGAGUGAUAGAGGGGAAAGUAGAGAGCAGAGUGUGGAUAUAGGGAUUUGUGAGAGGCUUAUUGAGGAGUUUAAGAAUGAGAUGCUGAAGGAUUAUAAGGAGAAGAAAAUUGCGCAUUUUGAGAUGGUUAAAAGUUGUCUAAAAUAAUGAUGAUGAGGCAACUGAGGGUACAAACAGUUUUGAGUAUGUCCCAUCUCAAGAGCUCUUUGACGCACUCAAGAAACUUUACUGUGAUAAUGAAGCAAUUUUUAAAUCAAGUAAAGACUUAUUCAAGAAGAUAAUGCAGUUGGUGAGUUUGGUCGGAGACAAAAUGGCCAAUCUGAAUUACAAUAAUUGUAUAACUUACUCAUGCGUACUCAGAAAUGUCAAAAAUAAUCCUUUGAUGCUUGACAUAUUUGGAGAUACUGUUGUAUUCCAACUUGAGCAAAGAAUCACUGAUAUUGGGAAGCACCUUGAUAUCCUUGUGAAGAAGCAGACUCAAAAGAAGAUUUCUCAGAGAAGAAAGAGAGUCAAGAAGCAGCACAAAGAAAAUAGGAGGAGAAGACUAUACCAAACAAAGCCAUUCUACAGAAGGAAUGCCAAUCCAAUGGAAUCAAGAGCAGCAGUAAGACUUGAGACUGAAUGCACCAAAAGAGCAAAAUGUAAGGAAACCUAUCAAUGGGAGGAGGAAGAAGAGCCAGUAGAUUCUAGCUUGAUCCAGCCAGUCAAAACUACCCCACCAAUAUCUAAAAAUUAGAAUGAAGAACUUGGUGAGUAAGCUUUGCUAAAUCUCCUAGUAUCUACUAAAAUAAGUUUCUCACUAAUAAUAUUCAAAAUUUCAC